AUGGCAAACAAUACCUACCUAACCGAUGACUACGUCGCCGAUCUCCUAGCCAAAGAUGCAAAAGCCAGCUCCAUCAAAUACUCAUCCAUGGGUCUUGAAGCAUACGCCAAAGAAUCUAAACCACCUGCCAAUAAACCCAAACCCAAUACCCGUUUUCUGCGAAACAUCAUAAGAGAUACGGAUAAUCAUAAUAGCGCAUUACUAGCCAAAGAAGCAGCAGAGGCACGAGCUAGGCUGGAGAGUUUAUCAAAUGGAGAAAAACAGAAGAAAGUUGCGCCGGUGGAUAUUAGGAGGAGACAAUUGGGGGACAUCAAGGCGAUUUUGGGGGGUCCGGUGAAGAGGAAACGGGAAGAUUCCAGUAGAGAGGGUGAUGGGAAGGGGACGGCGAGUUUGGGGGAGAGGGCGGGGGUGGAAAAUAUAAAGGCACGGAUAUCAAGAGAUGGGGUGGAUAAUGAUCAUCGAAGUUGGAGGAAAGAUGUCGAUAUUUCUGCGGAAUUGAUAAGUCAUCGAAGGAGGGAGUCCAGGCGUAUGGGAGACCAAGAUAAAGACGAGGUACUCAGUGGCGAUAAACGAAGAUCUAAGGAUGGGAGAAAAAGACACCAGGAGGAUGAAUCGGGGGAGGAUGACAACAAAACCCAGCGAAGAGAACAUAGAAGAAGACGAAGUACUUCAGAAGAUAGAGAGAACACAAGGAACGAGAGGAGGAGGAGACACAGAGAAAGAUCACGUUCACCGAGAGAACAUCGCAUUAAAGAAUCAGGUUCUAGGGAAAGAGAUCGCUCACCUCAACGCAAACGAAAGCGCUCCCUCUCACCAACCUCAGAUGACGGAAGAAGAUCCACCCAUCAACCACAUAAACAUUCAUCAUCACGUCACCAAAGACAGCCAGAACCCGAACCCGAACAAGAUUCCGAUUCCGAUCCUCUAGACUCCAUAAUCGGCCCCCGUCCCGCCCACGAAAAACAACCCCUUCGUAUCCUUGGUCGUGGUAUCUCCUCCAUCGGAUUUACAUCUGCAAUGGAUUCCCGUUUCCACGCCGACUACGAUCCAAAAAGUGACGUGCAACUAGAGGAGGGAGCGGCCCAAGAAGAUGAUUGGGAUCAAGCGCUAGAAGCUUUACGCGAUCGACAAAAAUGGCACACGCAGGGAGCUAAUAGAUUACGCGAUGCAGGGUUCUCGGAAGAAGAAGUUAAGAAGUGGGAGAGGGGAGGGUUGGGGGAGAAGAGGGAGGAAGAUGUUAAAUGGGGGAGAAAGGGGGAGGGGAGGGAGUGGGAUCGCGGGAAGGUGGUUAGGGGGGAUGGAGAGGUGGGUUUUGAGACGGGUUGGAAGGAUAGUAAGGAUUGGGGGAAUGAGACGAAUACGAGCGAAGGCUUUGGGAGGUUGAAGUAG